GUUUGUGAGGUUUUAGCGUCAGUAUUCUUGAUUUUCUAAUUUUAAAUUUCCAAAUAUAGCAACCCUGUUGAACUAUUUUUUGCGGUUUGAGAAGGAAGACAUCCUUUUACCUUCCUUCCAUGCUCCUAUUUUUGGGAGAUUCAUUUGGGAGGGAAAGGGCUUUGGUUUCUGUUGUAAGUUGUAAGCUUAAUUGGAUAAGGAAAUCAAGCAUGUCAAAAUUUCACUGCAUUCCGCGUGGUUUGGAUUUGAAAACCUAUUUAUUCAUGUUCGUUGUGGUUCCAAUGUGCGUCUUGGGAAUCUACAUACAUGGUCAGAAAAUCUCUUACUUUCUUCGCCCAAUAUGGGAUAAACCUCUGAAGCCUUUCAAUGUUAUCCCUCAUUACUACAACGAGAAUGUCACAAUGGAGAAUCUGUGCAAACUUCAAGGGUGGGGCAUUAGGGAGUACCCUAGACGAAUUUAUGAUGCUGUGUUGUUUAGCAACGAGUUGGAAAUACUCACCUUGCGUUGGAAAGAAUUGUACCCUUACAUAACCGAAUUUGUUCUUCUGGAAUCCAAUUCCACAUUCACAGGGUUGCCUAAGCCUCUGGUUUUCAACAGCAACAGGGAGCAGUUUAGGUUUGUGGAGCCGAGGCUAACUUAUGGCACAAUUGGUGGCAGAAUCAAGAAAGGGGAAAACCCUUUUGUUGAGGAGGCUUAUCAGCGUGUGGCGUUGGAUCAGCUUCUUAAGAUAGCUGGUAUCUCUGAUGAUGACUUGUUGAUUAUGUCUGAUGUUGAUGAGAUUCCAAGUGCUCACACUCUCAACCUCUUGAGGUGGUGUGAUGACAUACCCUCAAUUCUUCAUUUGCAAUUGAAGAAUUAUCUCUAUUCCUUUGAGUUUCGUGUGGAUUACAAGAGUUGGAGGGCUUCAAUUCAUAGGUAUCAAACUGGUAAGACGAGGUAUGCACAUUAUCGCCAAUCUGAUGAUAUAUUGGCUGAUUCUGGCUGGCAUUGUAGCUUUUGCUUCAGAAGAAUCAGUGAUUUCAUUUUUAAGAUGAAGGCCUAUAGCCACUAUGAUAGAGUCAGAUUCUCUCAUUUUUUGAAUCCUGAGAGGAUUCAGAGAGUGAUAUGCAAAGGGGGUGAUUUGUUUGACAUGUUGCCUGAGGAGUACACUUUCAGGGAUAUCAUUGGUAAAAUGGGACCAAUACCCCAUUCCUAUUCUGCAGUUCAUCUUCCUGCUUUUCUUCUAGAAAAUGCUGACAAAUAUAAAUUUCUAUUGCCUGGAAAUUGCAUGAGAGAAAAAUGAUCAUGGAAAAUGGUUAGUCAUUUUGUGAUACUGGCUUGUUCAACUCAAGUGACUCUCUUUUACCAAGUUUUAACUGAGGUUGUGAUCAAUGUGUCACUAUAAUUGUCCAGUGAGAUUAUAAUUCGUUAAUUUAAGAUUACUAAAUUCUUUAAUCUAGGAGGAAUUUUGUAUGUAUUUUAGAGCUGGACUUCAGCCAAGGGGAGCAUGCGUUCAUCAACUGUGUUUAUUUGGUAUUAGUGUGAUUGAUCCGCAUUUAUACAAGAGAAAUUUAAGGUUCCCCACUUUUUCCUGUUUGGGGUGUUUUGUUUGUUA